AUGAAUGGGACUAUACCAUCAAACCUUCUUCCAACCGAAGCGAGUCCAGACUGGAUGAACAAAGCCGAUAAUGCAUGGCAGUUAACAGCGGCAACAUUGGUAGGACUACAAAGUGUACCAGGACUAGUAAUUCUUUACGGAAGUAUUGUUAAAAAGAAAUGGGCAGUAAAUUCAGCGUUCAUGGCAUUGUACGCGUUUGCGGCAGUUUUGGUAUGUUGGGUAGGAUGGGGAUAUAGAAUGUCAUUUGGAGAUAGACUAAUUCCAUUUUGGGGUAAGCCAGCAAUGGCACUUGAACAAAGUUAUUUACUUGAGAAAGGUUUUGCUGGGUUGUUUCCAACAGCAACCAUGGUCUUUUUCCAAUUUGUUUUUGCUGCUAUAACUUUGAUUUUGAUCGCUGGAGCAUUACUUGGAAGGAUGAAUUUCCAUGCUUGGAUGUUGUUUGUGCCAUUAUGGUUGACUUUUAGCUAUACCAUUGGUGCAUUUAGUUUAUGGAGUCCUAAAGGUUUUUUAGCUUUGGCUGGUGUUAUUGAUUAUUCUGGUGGUUAUGUUAUUCAUCUGUCAUCUGGUAUUGCUGGCUUCACUGCUGCUUAUUGGGUUGGUCCAAGGGCUAGCCAGGAUAGGGAGAGGUUUCCACCAAAUAACAUAAUCUUAAUGCUUGCUGGAGCUGGCCUGCUAUGGAUGGGUUGGACAGGGUUCAACGGAGGAGAUCCUUAUGUUGCCAGCAUUGAUGCAUCUCUUGCGGUACUUAAUACGCAUGUCUGUGCCGCUACAAGCUUACUUGUUUGGCUUUUGCUUGAUAUCAUUUUCUUUGGCAAGCCCUCCGUGAUUGGAGCCGUCCAGGGUAUGAUCACUGGCUUGGUUUGCAUCACUCCAGCUGCAGGGGUUGUACAAGGUUGGGCCGCUAUUCUGAUGGGAAUGAUGUCAGGAAGCAUCCCAUGGUAUACAAUGAUGGUUCUGCACAAGAAGAUCAAACUACUAAAACAUGUGGACGACACCAUGGCCGUUUUCCACACCCACGCCGUUGCAGGAAGUCUUGGAGGUAUUUUAACCGGCUUAUUUGCCGAGCCAAAACUUAACCGUCUCUUUUACGCUAUCGAUGAGUGGGAAACGUACACAGGACUUUUUUACGGGUUCCAAAUGGGGCGCGUCAAAGCUGGUUUCCGCCAAAUGGGUCUUCAAAUUGGUGGAAUUGUGUUUAUAAUUGUACUAAAUGUUAUUAGCACGAGUGUCAUAUGUUUGCUUAUAAGAUUUAUAGUUCCUCUUCGGUUGUCCGAGGAAGAUAUGCAAGUUGGAGAUGAUGCUAUUCAUGGGGAAGAAGCUUAUGCUCUGUGGGGUGAUGGAGAAAAGUUUGAAACUACCAGUAAACAGAACAAUUCAGAGUUUGAAGUGGAUGAUUUUUCCUCAAAGGCCGCACCUCAUGAAGUUGAGAUGGGAAGAGUUUAG